GGGGCCCGGGGCAGGAGCGGCGAACCCCCUGCCUCCCACUACGCCCUUCACCGGCUCCCGGAACCUUGCGUGCGCGGAACCUCGCUGCUGGAGCGCGGGCGCGGCGGACCCGGAGGGCAAUGGAGCGGGCGCGCGGGCCGCGGGCCGAAGCCGACGUGCCCGGGGAGGAGGAGGAGGAGGAGGCGGGGGCAGCCAUGGCUGCCGUGGUGGCGGCAGCGGGUGGCGCGGGCCCGGCCGUCCUGCAGGUGGCCGGCCUCUACCGCGGCCUGUGCGCGGUGCGCAGCCGCGCCCUGGGCCUGGGGCUCGUGUCACCCGCGCAGCUGCGCGUGUUCCCGGUGCGCCGCGGCUCGGGCCGGCCCGCGGGGGGCGUCGAAGGCAGCGGGGUCGGGAAAGAGAUCGAGGCUAACCCCUUCUACGACCGCUACCGCGACAAGAUCCAGCAGCUGCGCAGGUCUGACCCAACUGCUUUUGAGUCCCGACUGGAGAAGUGCAGUGAGUUUCGGAAGCAGCCAGUGGGGCACUCCAAGCAAGGUGACUUUAUCAAAUGUGUGGAACAGAAGACAGACACAUUGGGGAAACAGCGUAUGAGCAGAGGAUUCACCAAGGACAAGACCCUCAGUUCAAUCUUUAACGUUGAGAUGGUGAAAGACAAAACUGCAGAAGAAAUAAAACAGAUUUGGCAGCAGUAUUUUGCAGCAAAAGAUACAGUCUACGCAGUUAUUCCUAAAGAGAAGUUUGAUUUGAUCUGGAACCGAGCUCAGUCCUGUCCAACAUUUCUUUGUGCACUGCCAAGAAGGGAAGGUUAUGAGUUUUUUGUCGGGCUGUGGACAGGUACUGAACUCCAUUUCACUGCACUUAUAAAUAUUCAGACCCGAGGGGAAGCUGCAGCCAGCCAGCUGAUUUUGUAUCACUACCCUGAACUUAAGGAAGAAAAGGGCAUAGUGCUGAUGACAGCAGAAAUGGAUUCCACGUUUCUGAAUGUUGCUGAGGCACAGUGCAUUGCCAACCAAGUUCAGCUCUUCUAUGCCACUGAUCGAAAAGAGACCUACGGCUGGCUGGACCCAGUGCCCAUACCUGGACAAAGAAAGGGAGGCGUGGAUGCAGGACUCAGAGCCCAGGAGCUGACAUCUGGGUCAGGAGCCAGGUGGCACUUGAAGUUCCAGGCCAAGGUGCAGGGCCUGCCAGAUUAUUUGGCUUAUCAGACCAAGUUACCCCUGAUUACAGACCGCUACUUACUUAAUUCCUUGUCGACUCACCGCACAUAACAGUUUACAGCUUAAAGAGACCAAAGCCUGUAAUUUACCCACCUGGUUGGGCAUCAGAAACACCUGAAGAACUUGCCAAAGAUGUUGAUUCUUGGGCCCCACCACUGAAAUAUGGAUUCUUUUGGUCUGGAAAACAAUUUUUUAAAAAAUCUCUAGGUAAUUCUGAGGCUCAGCCUGGUUUUGGAACCCCUGCAAAAAUUAGUGAUUUUAUAGCUGAGGAAAAAGACCCCAAACCAGGUGAAAUGACUUCCCCUACAUCACACAGGGUAUUGGUAGCAACAUUCCUUCCAUCCUUUUGUUGCAAAUUUUCUCUGCACUUUCAUCCCAGGCAACACAAGUGAAGAUAUCUGAAAAAUAAGGAUUUGAUUAUUGUCUGCUUCUAGGGACAAUUUCUGGGGAGAUGCUAGUUGUUCCUAGCAUGUCUUGGGUGAGGACCUUGAGGGACGACAGAGGAAAGCAGAGGCCUUCUGACCCUUGAAGUCCAGAUAGCUUCCUCGUUCAGUUGUGAGAGCUGAGAAUUCCCCAGGCCCAUGACCCCUGGAGCCCAAUGCUGGAUUAUCUGUUGCACUGGGUUACUGUGCCUGGCCCCUGUAGCUGCAUGGAGAAUUGCGUGUUGCCUGUGUAGGCUGAAGCUCUCCAUCCGUCGUAUGUGCAUUUGCUCUCGCCUGUGGUGAGGGAGCAGAGGCGGAUGAUGUACGGAGAGCUGGGCAGGCAGCAGUGAUGGAGAAUGGAUGGAAACUCAGCUACAAAGCUCAGCUGGGAGACUCACACCCCACUGGAGCUGGGAUUGAUUGGCUGGAACUUUCUCGCCCUUCUCACUUUUUCUCAGAGACAGCAGCCUGCACUGUGUCCUCUGGGUGCCCCGGUGGAGAAGGAAUUGCUCUCACGGUCAGGGAAGCUCUGGGUAUCUCAGAGGUGAUCUACCACGUGCCUUAUUCCCAGAGGCAGGUGACCCUCCACCCUAGAAGCCAAGUGACCCUCCAGUAGCCUUCUGUUUCCUGAACCCGUUCUCUCUGUACUUGGUCUCCUCCCUAUCUCCUUCUCCUUUUCUACCCUCGGCUCACACUAAGUGACGUACUUUCUUGGGUGCUACCUGUAUGGAGUAUGACCUGUCCCAGCAGAUUUCGCCAGGGUAUCAAAGAGUAAACAAGAAAUCUAAGGUGGUGUCAAGGUUACUGAGGAUAGUUGAUGAUCCUAAUGCUGUUAAUUGCAUUAACACGGAUCCAGGUACAAAUGUCUGCAUUCAUCUACUUUCCCAGAACACUUUUAGAAAAGUGCCUACCCCCUUUCAAAUUUGUUCUCCUUUCCCUAACCUACAGGGUGGGUCAUGUGACUACAUCUGCUAAGCGCUCAGGCAAUGUUGGGCAAGGGGGUGGACCAUGAAUGGAGUUGGGAGGCGUGGGUUUGAGUCCCAGCUCUGCCACUUUCAGGCUGUACCCCUUGGCCAAGUCAUUUCACCUUUUGCUGCCAAUACUCACCUCCCGUGGUUGUUGCAGGACUCGAAAAACGUCUGGAGUGAUGAAAGCACUUUGUGAACGAGAAAAUCCCAUACAACAGUUAGUUAUUGCUACAGUGUUCCAGGGGAGAAGGUAAAAGAAAUAAGAACCCACUUUUAAGGGUUUACAAUCCAAAGGGAAGACAAUAAUCUCAUGGGCUUAAGCAAGGAGCAUUUCUGCAAAGCACUAAGAACUUUCUGUGCCAAGGGCUCCCCCCUGAGGAGGGUUGGUUCCAGGCAGCUGGCAUAAGGCAGGAAGACUUCCUGGAAGAGAAAAGCACACGCCCUUAGUUCUCUUAGCCUCGGGCAAUGCUGUGCUCCUACAGAUGCUUCUUGAAAAAGGCCCAAAUGCAGCCCAUGACCAGCUGGAUAACAACUUCAGGAAGUCACAGGCUGUACUUGCCAUGGAAUCCAGACUCCAUGGAGUGCAGUGUGGGUCUCCACCAAGAAGUAGUUCCUGCCCACUGCCUGAAUUGCUGCUUCCUGGAUGUGGGGGACACAGUUUUCCCAUUUCCAGGAAAUGAAGCCACAAUGGCACCUAGGGGUUCUCCCAAAGAGAACUGCAGGGCAGAGUUUGGGGUGUCAUCCUAACAUGUCCAAGGAGUUCUUCCCCCUUAAGGGGAUUGUCUUUCUCUCUUUCAUGCCCCUCCAUCCCUCCCUCUGGAGGGAAGGACAACUUAACAGCUACAGAAAGACAAAUCUCCCUCCUUCCCAGAGUUGAUGAGAGGAAGAAAAGACAAAAUGCAUCUCCAGCACAUGUGUAGAGACGGUUCAGAGAAUGUCUGUCAUCAUCAGUAUUUAUCUGUGGGCUGAUCCCUUUUGCUCCCUGCUCCUCAGUUUUCUCAUAUACUCUGUUGAGAUUAGACUGAGUGAUAGCCAAGGACCCUUCCCCUUUAAGAACCACCCCCUCUCUGACCUGCUGCUUACUUAGCAUCUUCUGCAGCCUCAGUCUUAUGAGCUAUGAAGUGGGACACCUGGGCCUAGAGAAAGUUCCUCAGAAGACUGAGGCUUUGUCAUCACCUACAAAGCAAGGGCAAUAUCUGCACCUGGCCCCAGAACAGUGCCUGCCAUCUAAUGAGCCCUCAGUAAAUACUUAUGGAAUAAAUGAAUGAAUGAACAAAUGAAUGAAAUAGAUAUACUGUUUCCACCCCACCAUGCUGCCUCUGUAAGAUGUUAAAACUAUACUAACUUACCACUUUUAUUAUUAGAAGACAUCACCCUAGCCCUCUUGGAAGUCUCCCAUUUUUACCCCACCCCACAAGUACCAAUAGUAUAUGGGGAACGGGAAGAGGUUAUCUUAGUCCAUCAGGCUGCUAUAACAGAAUACCAUAGAUGUGGUGGCUUAUAAACAACAGAAAUUUAUUUUUCAUAGUUCUGGAGGCUGGGGAGUCCAAGAUGAAGGCAUCCACAGAUUCAGUGUCUGGUGAGGACCUCCCUCCUGGUUCAUAAACAGCUGUCAUCUCACUGUGUCCUCACAUGGUGGAAGGGGGAAGGGAAUUCCCAGUCUCUUUUAUAUGGGCACUAAUCCCAUUCCUGAGGGCCCUACCCUCAUAGCCUGAUCACCUCCCAAAGGCUUCAUCUCCAAAUACCAUCACAGUGGGGGUUAGGUUUCAACAUAUGAAUCUGGGGGGACACAAGCAUUCAGUCCAUAAUAGAGGUUCUCAAACCUUAGUCUUCUAUAUAAACACCACUGGGGAGCUUGCUAAAUGGCAGAUUCAUGGGCUCACCCCAGAGACACUGAAACAAAAUCUUUAUGAGAAGAGGCCCAGAAAUCUGCCCUUAGUGUAGUUCCUUUUUUAAACAUUUUAUUGUUGAAAUGUUCAAACAUUGAGCCAAUAAUAGCAUGAAACCAGGUCCCUACGAUCCAACAUUUAAAAAUUUCAACACAUGACAAUCUGGUUUCAUUUAUAUCCCCACCCACUUUUCCUCCAAAUCCUGGAUAUCAUAUUGUUUCAUCCAUAUAUACUUCCAUUUAUAUUUCUAAAAGACAAGUACUUUUUUAAAAUUCCUAAAAUAAAUAACAAUAAUUCCUUAAUACUAUCAAAAGUGCAGUCAUAUUCAAAUUUCCCCAAUUGUCUCAUAACUUUUUUUUAACAUGAUAGGAAUUUUUAUUGAAAUCAGAUUAAAUUUAUUCAUUAAUUUAGGGGAAAAUCAACAUCUUUUUUUUAAUUAAUUAAUUUUUUUGGCCGUGUUGGGUCUUCGUUGCUGUGAGCGGGCUUUCUCUAGUUGCGAGCGGGAGCUACUCUUCCUUGCAGUGCGCGGGUUUCUCAUUGCGGUGGCUUCUCUUGUUGCAGAGCACAGGCUCUAGGCACGUGGACUUCAGUAGUUGUGGAGCUUGGGCUCUAGAGUGCAGGCUCCAUAGUUGUGGCGCACAGGCUGAGUUGCUCGCAGCAUGUGGGAUCUUCCUGGACCAGGGCUCGAACCAGUGCCCCCUGAAUUGGCAGGCGGCCUCUUUACUGCGCCACAAGGGAAGUCCCAACAUCUUUAAUAAGGACAGUGUUUCUAUCUGAGAAUGCGUAUCUUUCCAUUUGCUCAGCUUAUUUUGUAUCCAUCAGUGUUAAAGUUUUUUCAUAGGUGUGCAUCUCUUGUUAGAUUUAUUAUUAGUUAUUUUAUCAUUUUUUGUUGCCAUUGUAAGUGGGACUUUCUUUUUCCAUUAUAUUUUCUAGCUAGCUGUAGUUUGAAUAUAUGAAAGCUAUUAAUUUAUGUAUAUUUUUGUACUCUGCUACCUUACUGAGUUCUCUUAUUGUUUAUAGUAAAUUUUUAGUUGACUUCCUGUGUUUUCUAGGGAGACAACCGUACUGUCUGCAAAUAAUAGCAUUUUCCUUCUUUUCCAUUUUUACACUUCUGAUGUCUUUCUCUUACCUAAUUGCAUUGGCUAUUACCUCCAAUAUAAUGUUAAAUAAUAGACGUGGGCAUCCUCAUCUUGUUUGUGACUUUAGUAGAAAUGAUUCUUGAAUUACCGCUUAACAAUUAGCAGUUCUUAAAAAAAUAA